AACCCUGUGCUUCCAUCGACCCUGGUCUGGCGUAGGCACCGGACUGAUGAUCAUUAUGAAGCCACACCAAUGACACCACAGAGCAUCUUUGGUUCGCUUAGGCUUGCCCUGAGUUGCAAAAUAUUUUUUUUUGCGAUGCGGCUGAGAAGUUGGCGGAAAACGUGUUUACAGUAUUCGGUCCAUGUCGACCCUCCACUACCCUCAUUAUCCUCAUUACUCGCAAGACCGACAUUCAAGAUCGGACUCGCGUUGGAUUGGGCCCGUGGUGGUUUUA